AUGGAGACAACCGAUUUGAAUGAAGCUUUUCAAACUGAUAAGCUCCACUUAAUUAUAGCAGGAGUGUAUCCUUUGGAGAAAACCAAUUACAAAAGGCUGCAUAAACUCAGCGCUAUGUUCAAUUACACUAUAUCUUGGGUACAAUUACUGUUGACAUUGACUUUUUCCAUUACCCAAUUGUCCAACCUGGUUAAACUCUCAGAAGCACUCCUAUUCAACUCAACUCAAAUAGCAUUCGUCUGCAAACUCUUGAAUUUCAAUCUGCAGCAUAGAAGCAUGCUCAAGCUGGAAGAGUUUUUGAGGCAACCAACGUUAACUAAAGUUACCGAAGAAGAAGACAAUAUCAUUAGACAUUACGUUAGAGGAGUUAGAAGAAUUGGCCUCAUAUUCAGGGUAUUAUGUGUAGUUGUAGUGAUAUUUUACGCCCUUUUUCCAUUGAUGGAUAGAAACCCUGAUGGGUCCAAAAAGUUGCCGUUGCCUAUAUGGCUUCCAUUUGAUAGCAACAAGUAUUAUCAUACAAUAUGGUUUUCCGAAGUUCUCAGUAUAGCGGUUGGGGCUUGGAUAAAUUCUAAUAUUGACAUUUUGAGUUAAACACUAAUGACAUUAGGUACUGCCCAAUUUGAGAUAUUGAAAAAUAGAUUGAGAAACUUAGUGAAAACGAGCAAUGAGUUUGUGGAAGAGGAUCUGGUUCUAGAGAAGAUGAAACAAUGUGUGAUACACUUCAAUGAUAUUAACAGGUUGAUCGAUUUGAUUGAAAAAACGCUUUCAAAUGGAAUAUUUGUUCAAUUUUUAUGCAGCGUGAUUUUUAUUUGCAUGACAGGAUUUCAGAUACUAGUAAUAUCCUUCAGAAGUAUGCAGUUCGUUCUUCUUCUAACUUAUUUCUGCUGUCUCACAUGUCAAGUGGUCAUGUAUUGCUGGUAUGGUCACAUUUUGAUGAAUAGUAGUGAAGACAUAGCUGAAGCCUGUUAUAUGACAGAAUGGUUCAACGGAACCCAAAAAAUUCAAAGGAUGUUUGUCAUUAUCAUGGAGAGGGCAAAAAGACCCGUGAAGCUGAGAGCCGCGAACUUCUUUUAUCUCAAUUUACAAACUUUAAUGGCAAUUUUGAGAUCAUCUUAUUCCUACUUUGCAGUCUUAUGGCAUAUAUACAGCAAUCAAUGAUAGUAAUUUCUAGUAUUCCAUCGUAUAUAGUCACCAAAUUCAAACGAUGACUUCAGAUUAGUUUUGAUUGAUAUUUGAAUACUAACU